AUGCGCGCGCAGCAGCAGCGCCCCCCUCCUGCGGCACCCGGGGGCCGCCAUUUCCAGGCCGAAGAGACUCACGAGGGGGCGGGGCGGGGCGUGGAGAAGGCGCGUCUGCGGCGUUGCACGGAUGCGUCCUGUGCCCGGCGAAAGGGAGCCGCUGUGGGAGGCGCCGCCGCCGCCAUGUCCAGCAGCGGCAGCAGCAUCGUCGCCGCCACCUCAGCAGCGGCCGCCUCCGCCUCGCCACCCGCGCAGCCGCCGCCUCCGCCUCCGCCGCCGCCUCCUCCGCCGCCGCCUCAGCCGCCCCAGCCGCCGCUGCCAGGGACCUCCUCGGGCGCCGCCGCCGCCGCCGAGCCCGAGCUCGUGUCGCUCAUCCUCAACCGCCUCAAGAGCCAGGGGCUCUUCGACCAGUUCCGCCGCGACUGCCUGGCAGAUGUGGACACGAAGCCUGCGUAUCAGAACCUAAGGCAACGGGUGGACAACUUUGUUUCCAACCAUCUAGCAACUCAUACAUGGAGCCCUCACCUGAACAAGAACCAGCUAAGGAAUAAUAUUAGGCAACAGGUUCUCAAAUCUGGAAUGUUAGAAUCUGGAAUUGACAGAAUCAUUUCUCAAGUUGUGGAUCCGAAGAUCAACCACAUAUUCAGACCACAGGUAGAAAAGGCUGUCCAUGAAUUUUUAGCCACAUUAAAUCACAAAGAGGAGGCCAGUCUGAGCACAGCACCACCUGAGGAGAAAUCAGAUACUUCUUUCUUGAUGCAAGGUGUUUCUGCUAUCAAUCCAAGUACAAGCGUGGUUAAUGAUGCCAUGUCCAUUUUGGAAACAAUAACAUCUCUCAACCAAGAAGCAAGUGCAGCCAGGGCUUCCACAGAAGCAACUAAUUUAAAGGUUAAUGAUAGAAUUUCAAAAAAACUCCUGUCUCAUCAAAGCAUAGAUGGCGGUAUUGAGAGAGACCGGAAUGCUGAAGACCUAUUUGAUGGAGAGAAACCUCCUUGUAACUCUACAGAAGAAAGCUAUGAACCAGUAGCAAACUGUGAAGAUGUAAAUUUAUUUUCUUCAAAUGAAGAAGGAAAAACUGUGUCAAAAGAUGUUAAUAGUUCGGUUAAUCUAAGCAGAGACGUUCUGCAGGAAAGUGACGAACAGAAAAGUAAACUUACGGACAAAUGUGAUAGAAAACCAGAAAGUUCAGAGAAAGGAGAGAGGAGAAAAGAGAAAAAAGAAAAAUCUGACAAGAAGUUGGACCUCUUGAAAAAGGGUGUGGAUGAUCUAAAACCAAGAGAAGAAAAGGCAGUGAAAGACAGAGAGAUGGAAUCAAUGAAAUACUCAGCUCUGGAAAAGAACAGUAGUAAACACAAGGCAAAUGAAAAUACAAAAGAAGCUUUGGAAGAUUCUGAUGUGGACAUACUCAGCGAUAUAACUGUUAGCUCUGUGCACACGAGUGAUCUUUCUUCCUUUGAAGAAGAGAGUGAAGAGGAACUUGCACUUUCUGACAGCACCGAAGAAGGAGAGAUUGUUUCUGACGAUGAAGAAGAAGAACACAGUCAAAUUAAAACAAGGCCAGAGGCUGGUGGAGCUAAUGAUAAAAAGACGAAACCUGGACGACAUGCUUAUGUUCACAAGCCUUACCUUUAUUCCAAGUAUUAUAGUGAUUCUGAUGAUGAACGGACUGUGGAGCAACGGCGCCAGUCUGUUGCUAGAGAAAAAGAAGAGAGACUUUUAAGGAGACGUCUUAAUAGAGAAAAACUUGAAGAAAAGCGGAAACAGAAAGCUGCAGAAAAAACAAAAACAUUGAAAACUGCAAAUCAAGGUAAAAGUAUUCAAAAUGCGGAAGAGUCUUCGGGAAGAGGCAUUGAACUGAAAGCCAGUGGUGCCAGCAUUAAGGAUGUGCUUAAAGAACAAAGGUUUUUGGAGAAGAAGGUAGCCCUAAGCAGGAAAAGGAAGAGGGAGUCAAGACAUGAUGAAGAAGGUAGGAAGAAAAAGUAUGAACAAUCAGAGGAAGGUCUCAGAGAACUUCAAAAGAUAAGCGAAAGUGGUGAAAAGUCUUCCUCAAAAGAAGUGAAAGCCAGUCAGGGCAAAAGUGAAGGGAGUAAACUUGUUAGAAGACUUGCAGAGGCAGUGCACUCAACUGAUGAAAACAAAAGUGAUUCCAAGGGAGAAAAAGAACACAAAAGAAAAACAUCUACCUCUCUUCAAAUGGACGGAAUACAGCAAGACACUGAAUCCCGAGAUCCCAAAUCUCAGUUUGACAGAACAGAAGCUAGCCCAGAAGAAGCUCAGAAGCAAAAAACUGUACUUAAAAAUGAAAAACAUCUUAAAAAGGAUGAUUCAGAAACUCAAAAUUUUAGAAAUGUACCCAAAAAAGAGGCUAGAUCAUCAAAAGAUAAAAAUGAAAAAGACAGAAGUCUUUCUGAAGAUAAACCAUUAAUGAAGCAUAAAUAUAAAGGAGAUGGUGUUCCUAAAGCUGGUGAUGAAGUAGAAAAUUUGCCAUCUGAGAGAGGCAUGAAAAGUGAAGAAGGUUUUCAGAAACACAGUCAACUAGCAAAAGCUUUGCCAGAUGAUAAAACUGAGAGGAAGAAUAAGCAUAGGAGUGAAAGGAAAACAUCAGUAAACAACAAAGAUGUGAAAAAUGUUUCUGAAUAUGCUUCCAAAAAUGAAGAGUGUUCACGUAAAGAGAACAGAAAAGAUAGACAGCUUUCCACAGAUAAAUCAAGAGCAGAACACAAGUCAAAAAGGUUGUCAAGUGAUUCUAGGCCACAAAAAGAGUCUCAGAGUGCAUCAAAGCAACAUAGUUCUGUAACAUCAAGGAGGAGUGAAAGUUUCUCAGAAGAUAAGCACGAUGCAGAAUCAAGUAGCUUUGAUAACACUCUAAGACAAGGUGACAGUAUACACAAAGACAAGCGAAGAUCAAAGAGUGCCUUGGAAGAAAGGUCCUUCUUAAAGUCUAAGUCCAAGAGUCACAGCAAGCAAGCCAAAGUACCUGAAAGUGAAUUACAAGAAAGUUCCUCGAAGCAGGAAUCUGGGCAGAAAUUGGACAAAGAUAAGUAUACAGAAGAGAGUGAUCCAGAUAAGCAGUGUAAAUCCAAAACUGAAAUUAAAGUUUUUGAAGAAAAUUCUGUAGAAUCAGAACUUGCAAGUGGAGCGCAUUCAGUUAGUAGUUCCCAAAAAGAUUCUAGUCACAGAGUUAAGUUACAGCCAGGAGAAAAAUCUUCUAUAAAAGAGAGAAUCAAAAGUGAUAAAGAUUUGAGCAGUUCCAGACUGGAGAGGAAAUUGUCAGUAGACAGUCACAAAAGCAGAAGUUUGAAGCAUAGUAGUAAGGAGAUGAAAAAGAGAGAGGAAGACAACAAACUAGAGGGCAAAGGUGUUAAACAAGUAGAGAGUCAUGCAAAGGUGCAAGAAAACAAUCUGCUCAUUGAUAAAAAACCCAUUAAAAGGUUAACUAGUGAAAACAGAAAGGGAAGUUUCUCAGCCCAAGAAAUAGAUAUAGGAGAAGAGAAACCAUCAGCAGCCUGUCUUCUCUCCAUCCUUCAGAAUACAGUCUGUGCUAGUGAACAAUCAUUACAUUCUGAACAAAGCCAAGAACCAAUGGAAAUUGAGUUAGAACAAAGGCACAGUAGUAGACAUCUUCAAAUAUCUCAAGCUGAAGAAAGCAGUAAUAAUUCACAACAAGAAGUUAAAUUUAAGAAUAUUUCCAAAAAUCAAAUGCACCAGAAUUCAGUGUAUGAACUGAAUAAAACUUUGCAUACAAAAGAAACAUCAAAAUCUUCUCUUUUAAGUUUCAGUAACCCCAAACAAAAGGUUGAAACUUUUCCUACAAAGCAAAUGGAUGCAUCAAGUAAUGCCUUUAAACAAGCUUUAAAGGAUGUAGGAUCCGUUGAACAGGAGCAAUGUCAUGUGAUCACUGAAUAUGAAACAAGUGAUAAAACUUUGUACGAUGAUUCUAAGGAGAAUGAAAAGCUGAAAUUCCAAAGAGUGACUGAAGAUGCUCAAACUCCUAAGAAUCCUAAAAAUAUAAUUGGUCCAACUGAAGAAAUAAUUUUUCCAGGAAACAAAUCCUCAAGAGAAGAUGCUGCCCGUGAAAAAUCUGUGGAUAUAAAUCUUGAAGAAGUCACAGGUCCUUCGAGUGGUGUAUCUAAAGAGGAAUCCUUUAAUUUGGAUAGGCCUUGUAUUAAAGAUAUCAGUUCUGACAAUCAAGCAUAUAGUGUUGAAGUGGAACAGCAUGGUAGCACUGCACUCAGCAGUAACAUAAAAGAGGGUGAUAUUGCAAAUAAGGGAAUCAUAAACACAGAUGGCAGGUUGCAGCUAAGUUCUAAACAAGCAGCUGAAGAAAACAUGAGUACUUUAAUAGGCAUUGAAGAAGCUACUGUGAAGAACAAUGGUCUGACAGGCCCACCUGUAGUAUUUACAGAUGUAAGUUCAGAGAAAUCUUCCCUAAUCAACAUGGAGGAAGAAAAAAGAGAAAAUCUCGGUGAAGGUUCUUUUGUAAAGAAAGAGAAGAGUGCUACAGAAUGCAAAGACAAAGCAAAGGAAAAUCAGAGUACCUGUGUUGUUAUAGAAUUGUCUUCAGAGUCAUUGCCCAAAAGUGUUUUAGGAGACAUAAGUAAAGUUUCUACAAUGGCCAAUGAAGCAGAAGAAGGAGGUGAUGUAAAAGGAGUUGCUGAAGAUAAAAACGAGACCAGUGUAGUUGGCAGUAGUGUAGGAGCCGGUAGUUGUAUUAGUAUUCAUAACAGCAUGGAGACUGAUGUAAUUGUAAUAGGAACUAGCACAGAGAGAACAACUGGAAGUACUGUUACAGCAACUAGUACUGGAGAAAGCCUGGAUGUAGAAGGUGCAUCAAAUUUGCAAAGAGACGGUGAUGCCACCAUUAGUUGUUCAGAAGAAAAAAGUAAGGCUACUUUGAGCUGUACAAGUAUAGAAGCUGAUGAAGGUUUCAGUGUAGGUACUUGGACCAAAAAUAGAGAAGGCCCGCAUUCUGUAACAGAAAAGUGCUUUGGUGAAUGUACUGUCACAGUAACUGAAGGAAGUGGUGGCGUUACUGAAGAGCUUGCAGUGUGUGAAAGUUCCUCAACCAGUACGAAGGAGGAAGAAAGUGCUGAAUGCAUUGUAAAUUACGUUGAAGGACGUGCAAAGCACGUAGUUAAUGAAAGUGGAGUUGAACUUGAUCAAAGCAUGAAUAGUUUUGAAACAGAAGAGAAAGAUGAUGCUGUAACCAGUGCAGGCUCUGAAGAAAGGUGUAUGGCUUCCGCAUGCGGUGAUACAAGCAACUUUGACAGUGCUUUUACCGGCAUUGGUGAAGUAGAAAGUGAUGGUGCUGUGACCAGUGCAGGUACUGAAGCCCAAGAUGGAUCUAUGAACAGUGAAAAUCCACAUGAAUUCCACAGCAGUGCAACGGGAACUGAACAGGUAAAAGCUGUGACUUGUACAGGUGCAGAAACAGAAAGGGUUGGCUCUGCCAUCUGUUCAGUGACUGGUACGGAUUCACAAGAAGAGAGUGCUGCGACUGGAGUGAGUGCUGAAAUGGCACACAACAUCAUAGUAACUGGACCACGUGCUGACAAAGGCGAAGACAUUGUGAAUGGUGAGAGUGCCGUCACUAGCACAGGCAUAACAGCGGAAGAUGAGCCUGAAACAGCAGCUUCUUGUACUGGCUUGGACAGCAAUGGAAGUUUUGCAGCAGCUUUAGAUACAGAAGAAAAAUAUGAGCAUGCCACAGACAGUGCAGAAGCCAGAGCUGAAACAAAUGUCAUUGAGGUCAGUCAAGGUUCAUACGAUGAUGAAGAUUGUGUGACUAGCACAGGUGCAAAAGAAGAUGAUGAAGAAGGUGAAAAUUUUGUAACUAGUACAGGAAGGGGCAAUGAAGAAGCAGAACAUGUUUUGGCCUGUACAGGAACAGAAGAAAGUGAAAGGGUGCUGGUUUGUGUGGGAGCCACAGAAAGUGGAAGUCCUUCUGUCUGCCUAACUGCAGGUCAGCUUGGAACAGAAUUAGGUGAGCUUACAUCAGAUGCAGCUAAAGGUACUGUUGACAGCAUGACAGGCUUAGAGAAAGUAAUGAAGAUUGAUGAUAUCCACAACAGCAUGAAGGGGAUAGUUGAAAGUAGCACUACUAGUGUUGGUACGGGCAGUGAAAAUAUUAUGGCCUUUGUCUCAGAAAAAGAGGAAGAGUCUCUAUUUGCUGAGAAAUAUGAGUGUGAUGUGAUCGGUGCCACCUCAAAUAAUGAAAGUAUAGAUCAGCUCACUGCUGGGGAAGAGAAAAAUGAGAGUGCCACAUCUUACUUAGAUAAUAGAAAAUGUGAAGGUCUAUUUAGGAUUGUCUCUAAGAUAGCUGCUACACCUUCAGCAUCUGCUAAUGAGGAUGGUGAACAUGAGACCAUCUCUACAAGUGCAACCAAAAUGCCCCCUACCCCCCAUUGUUCUGCUGAGCACAUUGAGCAGACAUUGCCACUUGUUGCAAGAACUGUUGAAAACUUCAAGGAAACCUCAAGUCUGAUAGGCGCAGAAGAUUUCAGUGCUCCAAUGCCUAGCACAGCUGUUGAAUACGUGAAUCAGGAUGAAGCUGCUAUUAAACCAAAUAAGGUUUCAACAAGUAUUUUGGAAGAAUUUGAAGCCCCUAUGCCAAGUGUAACAAUGGAAGAUGGUGAGAAUUUAUUUGCCACUGUAAGAGCUGUAGAAAUGACCACCAGUAUGGAAAUGUGUCUCAUCCCCAUGCCCAGUGUGCCCAGUGGAGGAGGUGAUGAAAACCAUGCAGUUCAUGGCAAAGAGGAAAGGGAUGAGUGUACUGUGAUUUCCACAAGCAUAAUUGAAGAGGCUGGGUCCUCCAUUUCCCAAGAAGGCACUGAAGACAUAGCUCUACACGCUGCCUUGAGAUCAGAACAAACUGCUGAUGCAACUGUGAUUUCAACAAGCUCAAUAGAACCCUUUGAGACUUCUGUGUUUCCUGCAGAGACUCAAGAAAUUAAUCAGGUCUCCAGAACAGAAGGAAAGUGUGAGAUGUUCACUAUCUCCACAACAGAAGGAUCUGUCAGAGCCAUUCAUGAUGUAUUGGUGCAAGUGGAAACUAGAGAAAGAGAUGCAGAUAUUAUGGUCUCCACAGAUGGAACAGAGGAAUGCAAAGCUAUUCAGGAAGCCACAAGCCAAGAGUUUGAGUUAGUUGUUCAAAGCACAGAAAAAAGCAACCAAAGUCCUCUAACUGUGGUUGGAAAGGGAGGAAAAUGUGAUGCCCCUGGACUCAGUGUUGCUAACCCUAAACCUGCCCAGCAUUUGGUUACCUUGAGUGCAGAUAAUACAAAUGUUUCUACUAGAACAGUGGAAGAAUGUGACAGUGCCUCUGUCAUUGCCUCCUCAGAAGAAGCUCCACUUGCAUAUACAAGUAUAGAAGCAAAUGAUGAAAGGAAAAUUGCCAAAGAGUUUGACUGCACUGUAUUGUCAACUCAAGAAAGCAAUGAGAAGUCUUUAACAGUGCUUCAUAAAAAAGGUCAAAGAUUUCAUAAGGGGGAACCUGAGGGUGCUUUGAAAGAAACAACCCCACCUAAAGCCACAGGUGACACUGAAAGCACAGAAAUGCCUACAAAUACAGAGAAAUCUCUUAGCGUAGGGGAAAACCCCUGCACUGAAAUAUGUUUGGACUCCUCAGCUGAUGAUAAGCCAUCCACUGAAGCCUUGAUGCAUGGAAAUGGAACCCAUGAGGAAGGGCAACAUCUUGAAGUUUCAUCAGGUCCUUCUGACAACCCCUUGGAAAUAGAGAGGGGGAAUGAGAAUCUAGCAAUAGAUAUCAAUCACAAGCCAGCAUUAAAAACUGAUGUUGCUGAAACAAGGGACCUUCCUCACAGAGAAUGUUCAACUUUAUUACAUCUUGAGUUGGCAAGAAAUUCUGAGGACACAACAGUUGUGAGAGGAAGAGAUCUGUGCAGGCAGCAUCGCUCGGCUGACGUAAAUGAUAAAGUGGAUGAUCAUGAACCGAAAGCUUUUUCUCAAGGAAGUACAGCAUACAAUAAUGACAAAGAGAUUAUUCCAGUUGUGGCUGAAGAUCUGGAACGAAAGAUGAAGGUAACAACUGAUGAGGCCCUCCAGUGUAGAAGUCCAGCAAAGAAAAAUCUCUGUGAAGAGAAUCAGCCAGAACAGAUUUCUAAAGCUCUUAAAAGUUCAAGUACUUUGACCAAAGUAGAAGCCGUGGAAGAUCAAGUUCCUAAAGAAAAGCCAUUAGAGUUAAUACCUAAUCAGAAGGAAGAGAGCAUCAUGCCAGAAACAGAAAGACUUCCUGAUAUAGAAGAGAGUAAAUCAGAUGAUGGUGCAGUGUGUCAAAUUUUGGGAGAGGAAGCAGAACAGAGCCAUUCUUUUGAAGCCACAACAGAAAUUAAUACGGAAACAACUGCCAGAGACCCAGUAGAAAAACUUGAAAAUGGUGCUACGUCUCAGCAAUGUUCAUCAGAAGCUGUAGAAGAAAAAGAUGAGAUUUUUUGCAAAGUGGAUAUUUGUGAAAAGUCAGAUUUGGACUCCAGUUUAAAUCCUGUUGAGGCAAAUCAACAAAUAACAGUUAAACGGAAAAGAGGAAGGCCUCGUAAAUAUCCUGUUGAGAUACUGCCACUGCAGGGUCAAGCUUCAGAAGCGGACAGAAGCACUGGGAAUUCUUCAGGUCCUGGCAGUAGACAAAAGAUUACUCCAAAAGCCAAAGAUUCCUUGAAUGAAACACACAAUGAAGCUGAAAAAGCCAAAACAGACGUGGUUUUGCGUCGAAGAGGAAGGAAGCCCAAACGGCCUCGUAUUCCAUCAGAGGAAGCAGGAAUAGACACACCUGAGCCAGAUAAAAAACGUCAGAAGCUGGCACCUGCAGCUGAAGAGGAAACGAAAGGCCAAGAUGAAAGCAAGGGAAGUGGCGAUAGUGGAGAAGAGGAAGAUGACAGCAGCGGCGAUGCUGACGAGGUGCAUUCGGGAGCCACAACUAGGUCUGCUUCGCGAUUGGAAGCGCAAAGAAAGCAGCCCAGCAAGCCAACUACACGUGCAGCUUCUAAAAAUCAAAGCCCAGAUCCGUUACCUCCUACAAACCGCCGAAAGUUAGCAGGGAAAAGACAAUCGCCUGCUAAUGCAAAAUCUAAUAAAUCUCCUCUCUUGGCACAAUCAAAGUUGCAGCCCACCAAGCGUAAAAGGGAAGCCAGUCCCGCAGUAACACACAAGAAAGGUCAUCAGAGAGCAGUUGAUACUGAAGGAAAGAAGUCUAAGCGGUAGUUGUACUCCAUUCCAGAUGAAGAAUAUUCUUCACUAAUCCUGUUUUUUUAAAAAAAAAACAAAAAAAAAACCUAAGAGGUUUUGCAUGUGCUUGUUUCCAACGUAUGAAAUAUGUUACAUGUGUAACAUAUUUAAACAGCUUUAUAAACUAUUUGUUUAUGCAGAAGACUAUAUGCAUUGCAGAAGUUUACUUUAUAUCUCAAGCAGAGAUUGUCAAGGGUGACUCACUAAUGCUGAUGCUUCCAAUCCACUCUUCACCAGUGGCCUGUUAAUGACACCUUUUGUACAUAAGCCCCGUAUUUUAAAAAAAAAAGAUUGUAUUUUAUUGUAUAUGAACUUAAUCAUUGGGAACACUUUAUUUAAUAGCAAGGACUGGUCUGUGAACUGUUACAUUAUGUUAUGUUAGUCAUUUUAACUGGAUUUUUAAAUGUUGUGCUGCCAUCAUUAGCAUUGUAUAGAACUGGGAGAAGGAGUUGGGGAACUCUUUUUUUCCGACAAAAUCAACAGAUCUCCAAUAACUGGCAAAAUACUUCCUUGCAUGUGUUCAAGUCAAGUAGAAUAGUAAAAGGAGACCUUGGUUCCUUUUCUCAUCACAUUUGUGGUUUUAUGUAUGGUAAAAUUUAAAGUUGUGUUUAUAGUGUUGAGUAAAUGCACUCUAUUCACUUUGAAAUAUAAUUUCAUCUGUAAAUUUUCUCCCAGCAUUAAAGUAGCUAGAGCUCAUUGAGGUAAAACUAGGCCUUUUCAGCCAAAACUGUCCUGAAGUGAAAGCUGUCUGACUGCAGCUUUUAAUUGUUCUUCUUUCAAUAUUUCUCUUUUUCAGUUGAAACAAUGAAAUUAAAAGUAUCACUUGUAGGAUUUAAACACCUUUACUAUUUUAUCUUGCACCAUUUAUCUUAUGCUUUAUAUACUCAGAUUAACAUACUCAGAUUAAAACUGAACCUGGUCCAGUUGCCAGAAUCAUCAGUAAACUUGCAUUUUCUCUCACAAGAAGAAGAAAAAUUCAAGUUCAGUUCCAUGUAAAGCUUUUUUUUAUUGUUAUCAAAAUUCGUCUCUCACAAAGAUGUAAGUUGCCAAAUAACCUGAGAUUAUUUUAAAAUGUUCAUAUUCAUGUUUUAUAAAAUCAACGUUCUGUGUUUUUUAUUUUAUUUUUUGUUUGGGGGACUUUAUUGUUGUAAUGUGGAUUUUUCUGUCAAAUAUUCUACUUUGUUUCUUACUGAAUUUUUAUAUAUAAAUUAUAAAAUGUUUCCCAAAACUAAA